UUGGUGGAAGUUGGGCGAGGCUGGCUCGGUUCCCCCCCGUCUUGCUUGCAGGCUGGAGCCCGGGUCAGCUUUAGCACCUUCCUCCAGUCAGUGGCUAACUUCGGGUUAGUGAGCGCUCAGCACGCCCCCUCUGCGUCCCGCCGGUUUCCCACCCGCUGCCGAAGCGAGCCCGGCGCUUGGCGGGCUGCGGAGGAGCAGAGAAAGAGGAUUAAGGAGAAGAAAGACCUGGCUGGGACUGGGUGUUGUCUGCAGUGCCAGGGAAGAAGGUGGCGGCUGCGACCACGGCCGCGCGGGACGUGAGGCCCGAGAGCCCCCGGCGACGGCGGCCGCUCCAGCGCCUCGCGCCCGGGCCGUUAGUCAGCAGAACGCAAGCCGCGCGGAGGAGACUUGGGAGCGCGAGUCCCGGCGCCGGGCUCCGCAGCCCUUACAGCAGCCGCUCGGCCGGGCCGUCCGCGGGCGUGGAGCAGCCGGCUGCCGGAGCGCGGGUCGCAGCUCGUGGAGCGCAGCGCGGCGGCGGCGGGCGUCCUCUCCCGACCCUCCCGGCUCGGCGGCCCGGCCGUGGCCGUCCAGGUGCAGCCCUGGUAUAGGAGUUUGAAAACCUGAUGUCUUGAGAGAAGUGAAAUUUCAAAAAUGGGAGGAGGAAGCUCGAGGAUGAAUAAUCUUUCAUUUAGUGAGCUAUGUUGCCUCUUCUGCUGUCCACCUUGCCCAGGGAAAAUUGCUUCAAAAUUAGCAUUUUUGCCACCUGAUCCAACUUACACACUGAUGUGCGAUGAAAGUGGAAGCCGCUGGACUUUACACCUCUCAGAACGAGCUGACUGGCAAUACUCUUCUAGAGAAAAAGAUGCUAUGGAAUGUUUCAUGACUAGAACCAGUAAAGGCAACCGAAUUGCCUGUAUGUUUGUGCGUUGCUCACCCAAUGCCAAAUACACUUUACUCUUCUCACAUGGAAAUGCUGUUGAUCUUGGUCAGAUGAGCAGCUUUUACAUAGGACUGGGAUCACGGAUUAAUUGUAACAUAUUCUCAUAUGAUUAUUCUGGAUACGGUGCAAGUUCUGGAAAACCAACAGAGAAGAACCUAUAUGCAGAUAUUGAAGCUGCUUGGCUUGCUCUUAGGACAAGGUAUGGCAUUCGUCCUGAAAAUGUGAUUAUAUAUGGCCAAAGUAUAGGGACAGUACCAUCUGUGGAUCUUGCUGCUCGGUAUGAGAGUGCUGCUGUUAUUCUUCAUUCUCCUUUGACCUCAGGAAUGCGAGUUGCUUUUCCUGAUACCAAGAAGACCUACUGUUUUGAUGCAUUCCCAAAUAUCGACAAAAUCUCUAAGAUAACCUCUCCAGUAUUAAUAAUUCAUGGGACUGAAGAUGAAGUCAUUGACUUUUCACAUGGCCUCGCGUUGUUUGAGCGUUGCCAAAGACCUGUGGAGCCUCUGUGGGUUGAAGGAGCAGGACACAAUGAUGUGGAACUUUAUGGGCAAUACCUUGAAAGGUUGAAACAGUUUGUGUCCCAAGAACUGGUGCAGAAACAAAUUCAAAAGAAGGGACUUUCCCAAGGUGUACAAUCUUAAUGUCAAUGGAGAGUGCUGUAUCCUAUUAUCUUCUCUUUACCAAAUUUAUCUGGAGUAAUAUGACAGUGAUCUUUUUUGAGCUAUAAUGCAGCAUAAAUUUGUUUUCUCUCCCAUGUUACUAUUUAUUUUUUUAAUG